AUGAAAUAAACAAAAUGCUUGAUAAUUACUCUUGUUGCCUUCUAAUUGCUUGGUUUACUUUUAUUUUUUAGAGGAUAUUUCAUAGAUCGUAGAUACUUAUUGGAUACAACUGAGGGAGCUAUGAAACCUACAUAACCUGUAAUACUUUUAGUUAUUGAUUCAUUCCGUAUUGAUUUAGCAGUGAGUGAACAUUUCACUUUUAUCAAAAAUACGACCUAAACCCAUCCAGAUUAAUCUUUAUUUUUUUUAUCUUUUGCAGAAGUUCCUACUGUUACAGGCCCAAGAUUGCAAGCAAUGACAAGUGGAAAUUUUCCCCCUUUAUCCAAAUUGUUGGAUAAUUUUCAUGCUUCAGAAGUAUUUAUUAAACUAUUUUAGAUUAAAGAAGAUAACAUAAUGUUUCAAAUGAAGAAAUUUAAUAAGAAGACUCUUUUUUCAGGAGAUGAUACUUGGGUAGGACUCUAUCCUGAUUAAUUUACAGUUUAGUUUCCUCAAAAAUCAUUUAAUAUUGGAGAUAUGCAUUCUGUGGAUCAAUUUAAUUGUGAUAAAAUAUUGGAGAAUUUAGAUAAUGGGUAUGAUUUAAUUGUAUCUCAUUUUUUGGGUUUGGAUCAUGCUGGUCAUAAGAAUAAUCGAGUCUUAAAUAAUCCUAAUUUAGAUUAAAAAUUAAGUCAAUUAGAUUAAAUCAUUUACCUAAUCUACUAAAGAAUGUCAAAUGAUACUGUUCUAAUUGUUGCAGGUGAUCAUGGGAUGGCGAAUGAUGGCAAUCAUGGGGGAAAUAGCACAGAAGAGACUAACACAUUAUUUUUUGCAACUAGGAAAUAAGGAAAGUUUUAUCCUAAGUAUAUGGAACAUAUUCCUGAGCUAAAGGAUAAUUAUCAAUCAACCUUAAUCAACUAAUCUGAAUAUAUUAGGAAAAUUAGUUAAAUUGAUAUUGUGCCUACAUUAGCCACUCUUUUAGGAAUUCCAAUACCUUUUAGUAACCUUGGAUAUCUGAUGAAUGAGUUUUUUAAUAGUGAAGAACAUUGUCUUGAUAAUCUGAAAUAAGUAUGGCAUUUUGUUGAAACUGUACACAGUCGACAAGGAAAGUUUAGUUACUUUUAAAAAAAUUAAUGGUAAAAUCAGUAUUCAGAUGUUAAGACAUGCAAAGAUGCUUUAAUUCUUAUGAAUGACAUUUAAAUUGUGGCUAGAAAAAUAUGGAAUGAAUAUGAUAUUCCAUUACUCAACUUAAGUUUUGUUCUGCAAUUCUUAGUUAUGAUCUUCUUCAUUUUUGUUAUGAUCAUCCUAUUUUAAGCCUAAGAAAAUGAAGAUCCUAUAACAAUUUAAUAAAUUACUGUAGCUCUUAAGCAUAUAUUUUCAAAUAAUAAGUAAGUAACAAUUAUUUUAGCCAUAUCAUCGGCCUUAUUAUAUGUAUUUUAUGAAAUAGAAAUUUUAAUAACAAUAAUACUUAUUUUGUUAAUGAUAUAUGUUAAUUUUGCAAUUUUCAUCAAAAUCAAAAAAAACCACAUUUAAAACCUCAAUUAAUAUCAAUGGGAUUUAAUAGAAAAACCAGAUACAAUUAGGUUAAAUACUAAUCGAUUCUCUAAAGUACUUUAAAUCUUAUUAUUGAUCUUUUUUAUUUACAAAGUCAUUCUUCAAGGUCAAUUAUUAUUAUCAAUUCAACAAAAAAAGUUUGAGGAAAGAUAUUUGUAUAAUGAAAUUAUCGAACUUUUAGUUUUAAGUUCAGUGAUUUGUAUAUUCAAUUGUAUUUCAAGAUUAAUUGAUACUUAAGAGGAUGCUUCAAGUAUAAAGAAAAUCAAAGACGGUGUUACUUCUUGUUUAAGUGCUAUUAUUAUUUACUAUGCUUUAAAUUUUGAAUAAUAUUAUUUAGCAUUCUAAAACUAUGAAUUUUUGCUUGGAUAAGAAUACAUCCUAUACAUUCCUGUAUUAUUUUUACAUAGUUGCUUAUUUAUGUAUUAGAAAAAAGGCAAUAUUUUAGAUAAAAUAAUAGGACAAUUUGGUUUAAUUCUAAUUGAUAUUUUUUAUAUUUAUCCUGAUGCAACGAUAUAAGAUUAACCAUAUUCAGAAUUUGUAAUCCUACACAUUCCAAAAAUUAUCUAUGUAAUUUCUCUAUACUAUUACUUCUCAAGGGAUCCAAUUUUUUUAUUACUUUCAUGCAUAGUAGUAUCAGACAAAUAUGGAUUAGCCAUAUACUCAUAUGAAAUAUUAAUUUUCAUCUUUUUAUACUAUCACUGGAGGAAUUUGUUGAAAUUUUCGAUGUUAUCAUUUUUUGCCAUAAUGACAUUAAUUUGCCAAAUAACUUGGUUCAUUUUUGGAAAUAGAUGUACAAUCUCAUCAAUCAAAGUGGACAGAGCCUUUGUGGGUGUCAAAGAGUUCCAUUUAUGGUUUAACCCUUUGUUAUUGACCCUUUUUUUAUUGGGACCUUAUUUGGCUGGUUUAGUUUUUAUCAGAUACAUGGGACCGAAAUUAUGUAAAUAUGGAGAGCUGAAUGAGAGAUAAGGUAAUUAUUUAAAUUGAUAUUAAUAUAGUGAAAAAUUCAAAUAAUCUUUUCAAAUUGAUGUUCCUGUUUAAUUUUUAUAUCCAAAUUUAAUUUACACAAAUUCACAGUUAUGAAAAUGCUGGAGGAUUGAUUGAUGUCUAAUUUAAGUAUAUAUUUGAUAGUGUGACCUUCUUGAUUGUUAGUUUACUGAUGUUGUUGAUUUGAGUUAAUGUGUGAAUGUAUAAAUUUAUAAAUGGAAUAUUUUGUGUUUAUGAAAUUUAAAGAAUUUGCAUUAAAUAAUUAAAAAGAUUUAUUUAGAGUUUUGAAAUGGGAAAAUUGUAAGAAUUACUCUUAUAUAAGUUUAAAGCCAGGAAGAUUGAUUGUUAUGCUUGCAGGCAGAUAUGCUGGAAAAAAAGCAAUUUUAAUUAAGGCUAAUGAAGAAACUACAAAAGUAUGUAUAAAAACAAUGGUUUAGGACUGCAAAUUCCCAAAUGGUUUGGUUGUAGGAAUACAAAGAUAUCCAAGAAAAGUAACAAAGAGAAUGGGAUAAAAAUAAAUUAGAAAGCGAACCACAUUAAAAGUGUUCAUUAAACAAUUAAACUUAAAUCAUAUUAUGCCAACAAGGUUAGUACAAAUAACUACCUAAAUAUAGAUAUAGAUUAGAAGAAUCAACAUUAAAGGAAGUCAGAGAUAGAAUUGAGAGAGUCAAAGAAUCUGAAUUGAAGAAUGUUGAAAAAAGAAAGGAAUUGAGAAAGAAUUUGAGAAAGUAUUUGGCUGAAAAGUACAGAACCUUACCAGCUGGAAGCUUAGCAGACAAAAAAGCUUAAUCAAGAUUCCUGUUUUCUAAGUUGAGAUUCUGAUAUAUUAAAAGUAUAGUAAAG